CACAGCCUCCUCUCAGCCUCUCCCAUGGUGGCAAGAGCAGGAUGGCGGUCCUUCUGCUGCUCCCGGUCCUCGCCACAGCCUGCGUGUUCUCCGUGGGGGUCGGGCUCUGGGUGGUCUGCAGCCACUUCCUCACUGCAGACAUCCCAGCAGCCAUCGGCCACCCUGUGAAACUGCGGGUCUUCCAUUGCCUCUUGCAGCUGUUGGUGACGUGGGGGAUGAUUUUCGAGAAACUGAGGCUCUGCUCUAUGCCCCAGUUUGUCCGUUUUGUUCACGAUCUGAUGCCGCUGAAGAAAUACCCGGACUUGGAAAUCAAGGACCUCCGGUUUGGGACGAUCCCUGUGAGGCUGUACCAGCCUAAGGCGUCCUCAAACACCCUCCGGCCCGGCAUCCUGUUCUACCACGGCGGCGGGGCCGUCCUAGGGAGCUUGAGAACUUACCAUGAUAUAUGCUGUCAUUUGUCCAAAGAGACUGACUCGGUGGUUCUAGCAGUCGAAUAUCGCAGAUUGCCCAAGCAUUCAUUUCCAGUGCCCGUAAAAGACUGCAUGGCGGUCACCGUCCUGUUCUUGAAGUCCUUGAAUAUGUACGGGGUGGAUCCAGCCCGGGUGGUGGUCUGCGGUGACAGCAUAGGAGGGGGCUUAGCAACAUUGAUUUGUCAAAACCUUGUGGACAAUUCAGAUCUUCCUAAGAUCCGGGCUCAGGUCCUGAUCUAUGCUGCUCUCCAGGCCCUGGACUUCCGGACCCCUUCCUAUGGGCAGAACAUGAACGUCCCCCUGCUCAGUCUGAGUUUUGCCUUCUACUGUUGGUCUGCUUACCUGAACAUCAGCCCUUCCUGGAAGAGCACGGUUUUGAAAGGUGCCCACUUGCCUGUCGAAGUCUGGGAAAAGUACAGAAAGUGGUUGGGUGCAGAGAACCUCCAGGAGAGGUUUAAGAAGAGAGGCUACCGGCAAAUACCCCUUGGGCCCCUGAAUGAGGCUGCCUAUCUGGAGACAAACCUCGUUUUGGACGUGCAGAACUCGCCCCUGAUUGCGGACGACGAGGUGGUGUCCCGGCUGCCCGAAGCUUGCAUCGUGAGCUGUGAGUAUGACCUUCUCCGGGACCACUCGCUGUUGUACAAGAAAAGGCUGGAGGACCUGGGGGUCCCGGUGACUUGGCAUCACAUGGAGGAUGGUUUCCAUGGAGUGUUUAACACCCUUGACAUGGGCUUCUUGUACUUCCCCUGCUCCACCAGAAUUCUGAAUGCUGUGGUCCAUUUUAUAGAGGGGCUGUGACCGUCUUUCCUUCCUGUGGCAGUUGUUAAGGGUGUGGGUUCCACCAUCAUGCAGACGCACCGGGGGCUCCCUGUUGCUGAUGUGGGCGGUGCCGAGGAGGAGGCUCCACCUCCUCUUGCUCCAGGUUCUAGAACCAUAGAAGGCACAUUUCUCAUCUCUAGAGGCAGAGCAGUAGAAGAGACAGAUUUGGGGGGAGGGUGGGGCUCUCUGUCCCUGCUCACCACUGGGAAAAUUUGAGCGGACAGUUCUCAGUGGCCAUUUGCAGGAGUGAAUGAGGACAUAAAGACUGCUCACGGCCUCCGCAAGAGAGGGUUCCCACUGCCCAGGUGGAUCCCGGCUCUGGGCAACAGGAGGGUCUACUUAGCUAGUCCUUGGACUAACCCAAGGUCGUCGUGUGCCUUUUCCAAUCUGAUUCAGAGGGCAAGGCUCUGAUGUACCAGCGUGGGUGGUGGUGGGGAAAUUGGUUUCACGGUAACACUUUUUUCUGCUGUUCCGAUGACUCUGAGCUCAGAGAUUCAACUACCUGGGCUGGAAGAGGGACGACGGAAUGGGUGGGUUUUCCAUGGCAGUUGGCAUCUAGUGACAAAGUGAGACAGACUGGAGCCGCCCGACUGGGGGAGCUCUGGAGCCCUUGGAGCUGAAGUCAGGCUUCUACCCAGGGACCCAGAAGCAACAUGGUACGUAUUAGAGGAGGGGAGUUGGGAGGAAGCUGAGUCCCGAGUCAGAGACCCAAAAAGAUGAAGUCUGACCAAACCUAGUCAUGUCCCCAGUGGAAAUCAAAGGAGGGCCCAAAGGACCAAAGAUGUGUUAGUGAGAAACAUUUCUCUUUUAAGACACAAAACCAAAGCAAAUCGGUCUAAAUCAAAGAGACAAUGUAUUGGCUAAUGAAGCUACAAAUUCCAGGGAUGAAUCAGGCAUGGUUUGAUCCAAGAACUCAAACAGUGCCACCAGGGGCCUUCUCUUCUCCAGCCUGUGCUCUCCUAUGUGAACUUCACCUUCCCCUCUCUAUACUGUGGCGCUAAGUACCUCCCUGCUUACAAUCUUCCAGAGUCAAGUCUGUUAUUAUGAACUUGCCUCUUCUCAGCAGUCUUAGCAAAAAUUGCACUGCAGUGUGAUGGCUCUGUUGGCUUUCUGAGCGGUGCGCUCAGCUGCUACCACUAAGAGAGUGGGGUGUUCUGACUGACCAGGCCCAAGUCCCAUGCCGCCCUUGGGGUGGAGGGUGGGGUCAGCUCCCCCUGGUGUUUGGCCUGGGCAUCAACACUUACCUACUACAGAAGCUAAACUGAACCCUGCCUGAGUCAAGGACCAUCGGGCAAGUUGACCAUCUGCUGCUUAGAAAGAAAAAUUCCUUUGAAGGGGAUGGCCCAGGCUCCCAUGCUGGCCCCUCCUUGUCUUCAGGAAACUCUACUGGCCAGUGGCUUUUAUAGGUCAAGAUCCAAGUCUACUGCACAAAGGACCCCAUGUUGGCCCUUAACUCGCUUUCAGUUGAAUGUUUGUGCUAAAGCAUGGGACAGAGAGGAAUCCCAUUGGAUGGCCUCUUGGUCCAUUCACAGCAGGCCGACCAGCAGUUGGCUUUGUUGGAGAAACAGGAACCAGUCACUGAAAACACAUAGUCUGGUGGCCACUCAGCUGUCAGGAGCAUUGGCCCCUCUGAGAUGAGCCUAGGUAGGCUGCCCUCCUGGAGAGUGGCCGUGGUUCACCCUUGCCUCUGGAGAUGGGUGGGGGGACAUGAGCCAGCCUUCCGGAAAUGCGAGUGGGCUGGCCGGGAACAGGAGAGCCACGGGAGGACGGCGGCCAGUGGAGAUGAGUGGGCUACACUUUAGGGCCUGGAAGAACUGGUGGGUGGGCUCAUUUCUGAAGUUGCUUCCUCUGCCGAUCCCGAGAGAGAGCUUUCACCGCCGGGGACUGGCUGGGCCCCACUGCUCCCCUCUUCUCCUUUACUGCUUUGUGCCCUCCUUCCUGCAACCCACUCGCGGGGCUCAGGGAACGGAAAAGGAAUAGGAAUGACUGUUCGCCUCGAGCCAACUCCGUGCCAGGCUGCACACUGGGUGUUUCAAUCCGCCGUCUCAGUGCGAUGAGAAACAGCCACGCUGAGUCGUGGCCCGGGCAUUUCACGGUAAUGCCAACGAAAAAUGCCGGCUCAUACCAGAGUCUGGACAUUCCGAUGAAGACCCGAGCUUAGGAUUCCCACCACGAGUUCUCGCUUUGCUUUGCUCCAGUCGCCUUUUAAAAGAACCGCCUAAGAGUGGAGCCUGGAAAGUUAGCGACCUCCACCCCGACCACCCUACAAGUGACAGGUUCUCCCCGACUCUCCACCUCCGGUUCACUCGUGACCUGGAACAGAGCCCUUCCCCUGGCUCCUUGUGACUCCCUCCACCACCAGUUUCUGGGAUCUGUAAAUAAUAAACCUUGUGACUUUACCCCAGGUUUUCACUUCCCCAGAGUGGAAGUUCAGAUGCCGCGGGAGCUGCCUGCUGACCCCAGGUGGGUGGCUUGUUCCCCGCCAUUCAGCAGGUGGUCGUCUGAGUAGUCUUAAUCUAACAGCCCAGCUAUGCCUCCUCCCCCUCCACCCCCCAACCCCUGCUAUGUGCUCCCCUCCUCCCCGCAACCCCUGCUAUGUGCUCACACAAGUUCUACAGAGUGAGUGUUCUUAAGCUCGGUUGACAGAUGAGGAAACCAGAGGCAUUAACAACAACACUCAUUUCCUGACUCUUCCUAAUCAACCUCCAGGCCAGAUGACGGGGUAGUUUACCCAAGGCCGUGUGGUUGGCCAGGCACCGAGCAUGGCAACCCUGGUCUGUCUGACGAUAAACCCUUUCUGCCAAGUCCCAUGGCCCUUUGGAGCUUUUCUCUCCCAUCAUUCAGAAUCAAAAUGAGAGACACGACAGCCUCAGGACCAUACGUGCGUCAUUUCCCAUCCAGCUGGGUGUCAGCUACCAUCUGAUCUGAGGCAGGUCAAUAGCGUCCAGUCUCUUGCCAUCUGGUGUCCUUUGCUUCCUUGACUGUCACUUUCUCUAAGUGUGAGUGGCUUUGUUAUUGCCAACUGCGGGUCCCUGUGGGGUGCACAGCUGAGGUGCCCCACUAACACGGCUCAGGGGAGAUGGAUGCCCACACCUUUUAAGCCCAGACACUCUGGGAGUGUUUUCUCAGUUAAAUUCUCAGGAUUUUCCUGGAAAGUUCUGCCAGUUAGCCCGGGAUAAGUGCCACUGGAUAAAGGACAAUGCGUUGCAUCCCACAUCACUUUCUUUGGUCAGUAGGCAACUGAGGAGAAGAUUUUAGGGCAAAGUAAAAAAAUCAGCAAAAUCAGUCUCUGCCGCUCUUCGCCUCACGUCCCUUUCACCCAGGCCCUCCCUGCCAGUCUGACCCCAAACCGUGCUCCCCUCUCCCCUUGCCCUCUCUGCUCCAGAGUGACUGUUUGCUCUCUCCUUUGUCCCUGGGCUCUCUAGAAUUUACAAACUAGUACAGGUUAGGCUCCAUUGCAGUGACAAAUAGCCCCACGGUCUCAGUACCUGAUGACAGCAAAGGUCUAUUUCCUGCUCGCAUCACACAUUACACAGCCCUCGAAGGUCAGCGACAGCUCUGCUCCACGUUUGUCUGUGCCUGGAUCCAGGCUGGUGGAUCCACUUUGAAAGAUCUCCAGCUGCAUGACAGAGGAAUAAAGGACGUGGCGCAUCACACACUGGCUUCCCAAGCGUCUGCUCAGAAGUGAUGUUCACCAUUUCUGCUCACCUCUCAUCGGCUGGAGCAAAUCCAAUGGCCAAGCCUGACGCUGACAGCACAGACAAGCGUAAACCUCCCUGGAGAGGACCGGCAGAACUUUUUGACAAUAUUACAGCUCACCACACUCUCAAUCAUUGUAUUUUCAUUUCCACUCUACCUUAAAAAUU